AUGAAAUCUGAAUCUGAUGAAGAAAUAUCUGCAGCUGUGAGGGAAGUAGAAGAGGCCGCAAAGGCACCGCAAAAGAAAGCUAAGUCUACCGCAAGAAAAACCGCAGAUAAGUCGCAGACUGAAAGUAAAAGAGACAAGCUUAUAGAGCUAUCCAGGGAUGGUGUAAUAGAGAAGUCCGCAAGUUUUAUAAGAAAGUCCAACAAGGAUGUUGUGGAUAGACUAUAUCAUGAAUAUGAAAGUCAGAGGAUGUCAUAUGCAAGUGACUUCUUAUCAACUCUUAUUAUCUCAAAGUUUGCAUCUAUAUUAGGAAGUUUAGGUGCAGUGGAAUCAUCAGAUAAGCUAUCAGAGGAACUACUUAGUGAUAAGCUUCUAAAGGAUGACGUAUCAUAUCUAACAAGAACAAUCUCACCAAACAUUCCGUUUAUAGGAUUAAUAUCAGGUGGCUGCACAACGGCUAAGCACGUCGUUGCUCACAAGUGGAAAAAGAAGGAGAAGCCUGAGGAGAUAUCCGAGGAAGCUAAACAUAUUCUAUUACAUAGUGAAGAAGAAUGUCUCAACUUGGAGAACCCUACAACUGGGGAAACGCUUGGGAAGGAACAGAAUUCGAAGCCAUAA